AUGUCUGAUGACAAAACGGAUGAGGCCUAUAAUGAAUUUAUCAAAGAAUUUGAAUUGAAAUAUAGAUGGGAUAAUUAUAGCGAUAAUAUCUCUGCCUCAUCAUCCAUUGAAGACAACUUAUCAUAUGAAAUGAAAUUGAUCACUUGUACUGAUAGCGAGAAUACCCUAUCUGAUGAAAUGUCUGGGCUGAUUGCUACACAACUGCUUGAUAGAAAUCAAGUCACUGAGUAA